AUGUGGAUCCUCAUGCUCGUCACGUGCCUCAACUGGAUCGCCUGGUUCGCCUUUCUCCUGUACGACACUGAUUGGAUGGCCCGGGAGGUGUUCGGCGGGACGACCGGCGACAAGCUGUACGACCGAGGGGUCCGGGCGGGGGCGCUGGGGCUGAUGCUGAACUCGGUGGUGCUGGGCUUUGCCUCGCUCGGGGUGCAGGCUCUGGCGCGGUGGCCGGCAAGGGUGAAGAAGACGUGGGGCGUGGUGAACUUCCUGCUGGCGGCGUGCCUGGCGAUGACGGUGGUGGUCACCAAGGCCGCGGAGCACUCUCGGCGGCACGAGAUGGCCGGCGCCGCCCACCACCCGGCGACCGGGGUGAAGAUUGGGGCCCUGGCGCUUUUCUCCGUCCUCGGCAUACCUUUGGCGGUGACUUUCAGUGUUCCAUUUGCUUUGGCAUCCAUAUUUUCCAGUAAUUCUGGGGCUGGACAAGGUCUUUCUCUGGGAGUUCUGAAUCUUUCAAUAGUCAUACCACAGAUGUUUGUGUCGGUUGCUAGCGGGCCGUGGGACGAGCUAUUCGGAGGUGGAAACUUGCCGGCAUUCGUGGUGGGUGCGGUGGCAGCCGCCGCCAGCGGCAUUUGCGCCCUCACGGUGCUUCCGUCGCCGCCUAACGACGCGAAAAUCGUGACGGCUGCCGGAGGAUUCCAUUGA